UUGAAACUAAAAUUGUUUUUGGUCACCAAGUAUCAAGGGACAUAAAACAAAUCUAGCAUAAUGAGAGUUACUUCUGUUUUCCUCAGUAAAGGCUGGAAGGCGGGAGAAAGGAAGAAAUAAGCAGAUUGCUUAAAUUGCAAGAUCCAACUCUUGUAAGCUUAAAAAGAAACAUUGGGUAAUAUUGAGGGCUCAGUGAGAAGAGAUUUAUGUAACCUGCACCUAAACCACAAGUCACAUGGGCUCCCCCCUCCCUCCCUUUGAGACUUUUGCUCAGAGCAGAGGUUAUGUUUUUAACUUGCUUCCUCCUCAGUUAUGCAGUGCCAGCCUGGGGUGAGUGACUUCAAGCUGAGUCCAAGAUGUCCUUAAAGAGGCUUAUUCAGCAGAAUCGCAAGGCCAGCUGCGGGAGGUAUGGAGUGAGUUCAGCUUACAGCCCCGGCUUGGAAACCAUUGAUAGCCCAAAACUGAACAACAAAAGCACCGAGAUCUUCCCAAAGUCAGUGGAGACUUUGUCCAGGGACCUCAAGCAGCUUGCUUUAAGCAGAACAACUUCUUUGGGUGACUUUUCUGGCCCACAAAGAAAGUCACUUAAAAUCUUUAAAGAAGAUAAUGAAACGUUUGGAUUUGAAAUUCAGAUAUUGCCUUUCCAGUGGCACAGUAAUCACUUAUUGGAAACAUGUGUUUAUGUUUGCAAAGUGAAAGAAGGAAGCCGUGCAUCACUUUCUGGACUUCAAAAUGGCUACAUUUUGAUGACUAUCAACGGAGUGAGCACGUUGGGCCUCAGUCUCAAGCAAAUGGUGGACAUGUUCAAAUUAUCAAGGAAUCUUUUAAGGUUAGAUGUUGUGAACGAAGCCUUGAUCAUAAAGCAAAUGGAACUUGAAACUAAGUUGCAAUUAUUGAAGAAAACUUUGCAAGAAAAAGUAAUAGAAUUCCAGUCUCUGUGUUUACAAGAACAACGCCUUGCAAAUGGUGAAGAAUACUCACCUGUUGAUUCAGCGUGUUUAGAAGAAUCAAACUUACUAGUAGAUUGCAUUGGGUUGGAGUCAAUAUGGGCAAACAAACCUCGCUAUUCCAGUGAAAGCAGUUGUUUGAGUCGCUUGAGCUCCAUGACAGUGGACAGUGAGGACAGCUUCUAUCAAACCUGUGUUUUUGAGGAUACUUCCAGUGAGCGGUGUAGCCGGCAGUCAAGUAUGGAGGAUGACUGCUUUUUGCCAAGGGACAUUGAUGUCAUUCCUGGGAAGACUUCACUCCGAAGAUCCAGGAGCAUUAGUGUGUCUAGCAAUGGACCCGGCUCACCCUUGCCCCAGGAUAGAGGGAGCACCUCCAGUGUUUUUGGGACACUCCCACGGAAAAACAGAAAGGGAAGUGUUCGAAAGAGGCUGUUGAAUUUCAUCCCUGGCCUUUACCGAGCUGUGGAAGAGGAAGAAAGCCGAGUCUGAUGGCUGAAGCCACUUUGGAACUCUAUUCACAGGUGGACAUUUGUAAUGCCAGCUUAUAGUAACUGUACUUCAGACUUUUGUUCAGCGAAAUCAGCAUAUGUCCAACAAACAUUUCAUACUGAGGGACUUUCAUAUUUCCUGAAACAGUACUGACAACAGUGUUGUUGUAUACAUUUUUUUAAAAAAAUACAUAUUUUUGAAGACAAGUGUGGGGAUAGGCGUUUACUAUUUACUAAUAAAAUUAGUACUGUGGGUUUGGCAGGAGUAAUAUACUGCAAUGACAAGAAAUGCAUACCCCGUUUCUCCGAAAAUAAGACAGGGUCUUAUAUUAAUUUUUGCUCCCAAAGAUGUGCUAGGUCUUAUUUGCAGGGAUGUCUUAUUUUUCCAUAAAGAAGAAUUCACAUUUAUUGUUGAACAAAAACUGAUAAUUUAUCAUAUACUGUACAGUAGUUGUCAUCACAAACCAGCAUAACUAUACAAACUGAAUCCUUUCAAGAAUUUCUUGUUACUACCAUUAUUUCCAUAUACAACUACAGUAGAGUCUCACUUAUCCAACAUAAAUGGGCCGGCAGAACGUUGGAUAAGCGAAUAUGUUGGAUAAUAAGGAGAGAUUAAGAAAAAGCCUAUUAAACAUCAAAAUAGGUUAUGAUUUUACAAAUUAAGCACCAAAACAUCAUGUUAUACAACAAAUUUAACAGAAAAAGUAGUUCAAUACGCAGUAAUGUUAUGUAGUAAUUACUGUAUUUAUGAAUUUAGCACCAAAAUAUCAUGAUGUAUUGAAAACAUUGACUACAAAAAUGAGUUGGAUAAUCCAGAACGUUGGUUAAGUGAUUAUUGGAUAAGUGAGACUCUACUGUAUCUGUGGUACGUACAUUUACCGAUCCUGCAAGCUCUGGUGUUCUGUUCAUUGGGCAUGCUUCCAAACAAAAACUUUACUAGGUCUUACUUUCAGGGGAGGCCUUAUAUUUAUCAAUUCAGCAAAACCUCUACUAGGUCUUAUUUUCUGGGGAUGUCUUAUUUUUGGGGAAACAAGGUAUAUCUUGACUGUACUAUUUCCCCAAGUAUUUUUAGUAUUAACAAGAAAAUUAGACAUAGUUAGCCAUCCCAUAUCUAUAAAGUGUUCAGACCACAAUGACAUAAAACUGCAAAUAUUGAAUACCAUUACAUUACGUGAUUUCCAGUAACAGUGUUGCACAGAAAGACCUAAGAUUUAUAGAGAGGUAUCAUAUCUCUACAGAGAUUAUUUUUUCUGGGCACAGGUUUCACUAUAUUGGGGGGUCUUAGUGUAUUAUUUUUUAGGCUGAUUCUAUACUACCACAUAAUGCAGUUUGAACUGCAUUAUGUGGUUUACACUGACCAUAUAAUGCAGUUCAAACUGCAUUAUAUGACUAUGUAGAUCCAGUCAUAGUCCACUCAACUGGUAUUAGCACUGUAUAUUCUUUCUGCUAUUGUUAAGGACUCAUGACUGUCCAUCCUUGGUUUUCAUAUCAUGUGGAAUAAUCAGGACUAACUGUAUUCCUUGAGCCGCAGGGAGAGGCGGGUAAGAAAUAAAAUUAUUAUUAUUAUUA